AUGGCCACGUCCCGCCAUGCGCCUGCGUGGAUGGCAGUGGCUUGGGUUGUUUGGUGGCGUUCAGGCUGCUUCACUGUGGGAUGCACUGAGACUUUCAUGCGGAGACCGCUGGCUGCUGUGCCAUCGCGGGGUCUGCUAGGCUGGAAGCCGACGAAGAACACUGAGCGCAAAGCCGUGGCCGACUUCAGCGCGCACGCAGCCAAAUUGUUUGACAACAUGCGUGGGCCUGCUGCACUGCUUGCCGGAGCAGUUGUCCCGCUUGGCUUCUUGGCAGCUCCUAAAAUUGCCAAAGAUGACCCCACUUGGCUGAAGCGUGUGAAGAGAAUGCACUACGUUAUCGCGUCAAUUGCUAUUUGCUGUCACUUGACGACAGUAGUCUGGUCCACCAUCACUGUCAACAAGCUGAAUGAAACUGCGCCGCCUCAUGUUGGAAGUUUGAUGCAGCUUCUGAAGCAACAUUACGAGUUGCCAUGGAUAGGUUGCAACGUGAACUUCAUCAUGGGCUUGUUGGCGUUUGCCUGCCUGCUGGUGACCUUUUCACUGGCAUCCGUGACCCAGGCAUCCUACGGCUUAGUCAGCAGACCUGUGGCGUGCACCGUGGCUGCCGCAAUCUGUUUGAUGAUUUCGAUUGUCAAUGAUGGAGUGUCUCAAGGGGAUGGCACUGCAGGCAGUGGAGUACGUUUCGGGUCUAACAUGUUCUUCCUCUUUGGCCGCUACAUUUCGCUGCUAGCUGCCCACGCCGUGAGGGGCCCCCGACCUCUGCUGCUGCUGGCCUUCGUUUUCGCGGGAUCAGCUGGCUAUUUCAUCAUGAAGAUUCAGACUGCCAAAGACACCACGGACACUGAGACUGCAACGGCAAAGUAA